AUGUUAUACACUGUAGAAUUCAAGGCUGGACGUACAGAUAUAUGUUAUAUCAUGCAAGGUGAUAAUAUUGAACCGCAGGUGGGUGAUUUAGUGAUUGUGGAAGCAGAUCGUGGUCGUGAUAUUGGUAAAGUGACAUCUAUACAAACAGCAAACGAUAUUAUGAAACAUCAUCAUCAACAAGACCGUGCAACUACAACAACUGAUCGUGAUUCCACAGUUGGUUCAACAGGAUCAUCUUCUUCUUGUCAUGUCAAAAGACUUUACCGAUUGGCUGAUGCUGAUGAAGUGAUUUCUCUGGCGACCAAACAAUUGGAUGAAGAAAAGGCUUUAUUGGUAUGUCAAACAAAGAUCCAGCAAAAGCAAUUACCGAUGCAAGUUGUUAAUGCAGAAUAUCAAUGGGAUCGACGCAAACUUACAUUUUAUUUUUUGGCUGAUCAACGUAUUGACUUUCGUGAAUUGGUACGAGAACUUUUCAAAACAUAUAAAACAAGAAUAUGGAUGUGUGCGCUGAAUUCCAAUAGCAGCAAUGGUGCCUCUACCAAUGAAUGA